AUGAUAGACGGCAUAUGUUACUUUGAAAGUUACAUUGUUUCUGAUUUUGCUCGUUCUGGAAAUCUUGCCAUAACUGAUAUUGAAGUAAAAUCUGGUCCAUUGCUAAACUUUUCUCAUUCCAUGGAACCACAACUCCGACAACUUGGCCUCCCUACAACUUUGAAGAAAGGCGUUGUGACGUUAAUUACUGACUAUACAAUCUGUAAACAUGGAGAGAAACUCACUCCAGAGCAGGCCAGAAUUUUAAAAUUGUUUGGGCACAUGAUGGCAGAAUUUCAGAUGAACAUUGAAGGAAUGUGGUCUAAUGAUGGUUCAUGGGAAGUUUUUAAAAAUUCAGACAGCACAGUGCCUAACAAAGUGACAUUUCAAGCAAGUGAUGCAGACAUUACAAUGAUGAAGCAAGAUGAUGAAAUAUUGGAUGUGAAAAAUAAAAAUAAAGAAAAUACAGUCUGA